UAUCUUUAUAUAAACGGAUAGAAAAUACAAACCUCAAAACCCUCUCUAGACUCCGGAUUUCUGUCUGUCUGUCUCUCAAUUCGAACAUGGCAUCUUCAUUUUCUUCUCCAACACUAACUUAUGCCUCUUCUGCAGUUGUUUUAUCUUCUUCUUCUUACUCGGAGAUAACCUCAUCACUUUCUUUCUUAAAAUCAGAACCAGUUUUCUUAUCUUCUUCUCUAAAGAGUUUCGCUAUCUGUAAUAAUUACAUUUGCCCUUCAGUUGCAAAGAAGAAUGGGAUUAUUAGAAAAACAUCAUGUAAUUGGAUUCAAAAUCCAUGUUCAAUCAUAAGACCAGGCAAAACUUCAUCAAAUUUCGUAGCUGCAGCUGUUGCUGAAGCUGAUGCAGAAGUAGCUGAGGAUAAUGUCAAUGAGGAAGAGGAGGAGGAUGUGGAAGGGUCUCCAAAGGUUGUUGUUUCCGCAACUCCUUCCAAGCCUAAGAAAGGAAAAGCGGCAUUACCUCUCAAGAGAGAUAGAACAAGGUCCAAGAGAUUUUUGGAAAUUCAAAAGCUAAGGGACGACAAAAAGGAGUAUGACUUGCCUGCUGCGAUAUCUCUGCUGAAGCAAAUGGCCCAAACUAAAUACAUAGAGACCGCCGAAGCCCAUUUUCGUCUGAACAUUGACCCAAAAUACAAUGACCAGCAGCUGAGGGCAACGGUUAGUUUGCCCAAGGGAACUGGUCAGACUGUUAAAAUUGCUGUUCUCACUCAAGGUGAAAAGGUCGAUGAAGCAAAAAGUGCAGGAGCUGAUAUAGUUGGUGGGGAGGACUUGAUAGAACAGAUCAAGGGAGGAUUUAUGGAGUUCGAUAAGUUGAUAGCUUCCCCAGAUAUGAUGCCUAAGGUUGCUGCACUUGGAAAGAUAUUGGGACCAAGGGGGCUGAUGCCAAAUCCCAAAGCUGGUACUGUGACAGCUGAUAUACCUCAGGCUAUAUCAGAGUUCAAGAAAGGAAAGGUUGAAUUCAGAGCUGAUAAAACUGGAAUAGUUCAUAUACCUUUUGGAAAGGCAGACUUUUCUGAAGAAGAUCUUCUCAUAAACUUGCUUGCUACAGUGAAAUCUGUGGAAGUAAACAAGCCAACAGGUGCUAAAGGAGUGUACUGGAAAAGUGCGUUUAUUUGCUCCUCAAUGGGCCCUUCUCUUCGGCUUAAUAUUAGGGAAAUGCUUGAUUUCAAGCUUUCCAGUGCUUAAGGAGUUGAGUCAUGGAUAGAAAGUCUGUAUCCUCAUCUGUAAUGUAGUUUAGGGUCACCUCUGUCAAUGUCAAUGUUAGAGCUUGAUGUUGUGCACAAGUAAAUAUAAGCCAGACAAAAAGGAACCAAGUUGUAGAGAGAAAAACUAGGAUCGGCAAAAAAGGGAGACAUAAACACGUAAUCUGGUCCAGUAUUUUGCUGCAGUGGACCUCCUUGCUAGGAGCUUCUUGUAUUUAGGCUGAUCAAUAUUGUUGUCAUCAUUAUUUAACUUGUAAGACUGCUUUUCUUCUUGGUGCCAAAAAUAAGCUUUCAUUUUUGUAU